AGUCCCGUCAGUAACUAUCACAGAGGACCACUGGGGGCUCAGCCAUGAUGAAGGAGCUCAAGAGCAAAGCCUUCUGGAGGGCCGUUCUGGCUGAGCUGCUGGGCAUGACCCUCUUCAUAUUCCUCAGCAUAGCGGCGGCCAUAGGCAACCCCAACAACAGCGACCCCGACCAGGAGGUCAAGGUGUCGCUGGCCUUCGGGCUGUCCAUCGCCACCCUGGCGCAGAGCCUGGGCCACAUAAGCGGCGCCCACCUCAACCCGGCCGUCACCCUGGGCAUGCUGGCCAGCUGCCAGAUCAGCAUGCUCAAGGCCGUCAUGUACAUCGUAGCGCAGAUGCUGGGGGCGUCGGUGGCCAGCGGCAUCGUUUACGGGGUCCGACCGGAGGGCGUCGCGGCGCUGGGGUUAAACAGCCUAAACAAAAUCACCCCCAGUCAAGGCGUUGGCGUGGAGCUCUUGGCCACCUUCCAGCUGGUCCUGUGCGUCAUUGCCACAACGGAUAAAAGACGACGUGACGUUACAGGCUCCGCCCCACUAGCAAUCGGGCUUUCGGUGGCUCUAGGACACCUAACAGCCAUCAGCUUCACUGGGUGCGGGAUUAACCCUGCUCGGUCUUUCGGCCCAGCCGUCAUCUUGGGUGACUUCUCCGACCACUGGGUGUACUGGGUGGGGCCCAUGUGCGGAGGUGUGGCAGCAGCCCUCGUCUACGACUUCCUCCUCCACCCCAAAUUCGACGACUUCCCCGAGCGCAUGAAGGUUCUGGUCAGUGGCCCAGAUGGUGACUACGAUGUCAAUGGACCAGACGACGUGCCAGCAGUCGAAAUGUCAUCAAAGUGAAAUAAAUUGUGUCAAGCAAUGUACAGUUUUCUAGAGUUUUACCAAUCUGACUGUAAAGCCAUGGUCAUGUGUUCUGAAAAUGUUUUUUUUUUUACAAAGUCACAAAUUAGUCAAAUGGAAAUUGCAUUUCUUGAGCAUGCACUUUGACUGCUUCAGUACUUGAGAAAUGUUACAAAGAUACUUCCCUUUAAGUAUUCUUAACUAGGUAGAAUUGUAUGUGCUUCUGGAAACAGUUGUAUUCCUUUUUGUAAAUGUAUAUGUAUGAGUAAUUUUCAAUUUUUAAAACUAUAUUUGUAUCAUGUGUUCACUACUGCAUUCCUUUCUGUCACUUUUUGAUAAUUAAAGUGCCUUAUGGUAUCACUAUGAGGUCCUGGAAUGUU